AAAGGUCAACUGAUUCUUAGUUGUGAUUACACUUCAGUUGGUGUCAUUUGUUCAGUCAGAUCGCAUUCCAAAGCCAAUUUCGUUUUUUUAGGGAGAAUAAAAUGAGAAUUUUUGGUAUUAUCCUGAUUUCUUUUCUGCUCCUUCGGCAUCAGAUUUAUUGUGAAUUUGCAGAAGAUGAUGAUGAAGAGGAGCCCCUGACGGAGGCUCCAGUGACGGGGCACAAUGCCAAAGUGGCCGAAAGUCGCCUUUCAGCCCAAAUAUUCGCCAUUAUCGAACACUACAAGCAACCAGAUCCCAUUGGACUUCCUGGAGCUCCUGUUCCGGACCCCAUGAAAAUUCCACCCAUCAAGAAAACCCUCACCAUGACCACACUGUACAUGGAGAAUAUUCUGGCGUACGGACUCUCAAAGUUCAGAAUAAAGUUUGUGAAUAUGGACUUGAAAGAGAUGAAAGUGUUUGCAGGGGUUCAAGUGGAUAAGAUGACGCUUGUGGGCAAUUACACUCUCAAUUCUCUCUUUAGUCGAUCUUCUGGACCAUUUACAGUGAUUCUCAAGGAUGUUUUCACAGAGGGAAAUGUGACUUUGGGCGUGGAACGGGAUGGAAAAAUCAGGACGCAAGACAUUGCAAUGGACAGCACUUUUGCGGAUAUGUCCAUGGAUUUUCAGAAUCUCGGUUUCAUGGGUGCUGUUUUUCAGAGUUUCGUAAACUCUGCCUCGAAUCUUGUUUUUGACGCUAUGAAGCCUUUCAUGCUCAAAGAGGCGUAUGCUAAAAUUUCAACAGAGGUCGAUUCACAUCUGGAUAAAGCAAUUGCGGAGAAUGUUCUGCCCAAUUCUAUAGCGCCUUUGGAUAUGGCAAUAGCCGAAGGCAGGAAGAAAAUCAGGGCUUUGGGGUAUGAUCCUUUCAAAGUGAGGGAUUACAAUCACACAGUGGGGAUGUUCAGCAUGGAGAUGACGAAUACUUGGAUCAUUGGUGUAUCUUCCUUCUACAGAGUCGGAAAUAUCACAGUGUCAAUGCAGAAUAACACAAUGACAGUCAGAACGCAAGUUGGAACGCAGCAGAUUAAAGGAUCGACUCAAUGGGAGCUUUCGGUGGGAAGUGGGAUGAUCACAAGGGGCGGAAGGGCUCAAUUUACAGUUGAGCAUAUCAAAAUGACCACAGCCAUGAGUCAAUCACUGGAUGUGCGGAAUAGGCCAGUGAUGAAGGAUUUACAGAUGGAAUUGGGGAAUAUUCAGGUGAGAACAGAAGGUGCUGGAACACUGGAUUAUCUCAUAGAGUUUGCUGUCAAUAUUUUGCCCAAUUUACUGAGGUAUCAAAUUAUGGAUGCCAUUGAGAAUCCGGCUAAGACGAGAAUUCAGGAGGAACUCAAUAAAAUUGACGUGGAGAAAUUUAUCAGACAAAAAUUGCCGGAAUUUGAAAGGUUGGGUCUCAAGAUGGACUUUGACUUUGAGUUUUAAUCACGAAAAAGAAUAUUACACUUGAAUUUGCACGGUUUCUUCCGAAAUAUUUGUGUAUUUUAUUUUAUAAUUUAAUAAAGGCGUUUUUAACUUAA